GUAGGCGACCGUAAAAUGGGGCCAACCAACGUCGUUCGACAUCCGUGUCCGCGCUGCUGACCACCACAAGCAACCGCACCGAGCCCGCUUUAAUGCACUCAUUAUUCAUCAUUGUCUUUGCAGCUAAUGUGUUUCUAUUGUACCACAGUGCCUCUUAAUUUUCACCCAAAUUCGGCUGUUCCGUCGCCGAGGGCUUUAGUUUUAUGAGGCGGAAAGGUGUAUCGCUCAUUGCGGGUGGAUUCUUUAGGUACAUUCGUGUUGGCCACCUUCGCAAUCCCUGAAGCGGGCCGACGAGGGACCGAUGCGAUUGCAAGAUUGAUCGACCAUUCUCUGUGUGCGGAUACGCGUACGCUGGGUAACCCAUCGACAUCGAAAGGGACUGGCCGUAGAGCUGUGGCCCGAACCCCACCCGAACAUAUGGCCACCGUCGUCAGCAGCCAGCCCUGAGACUUCGCGUCCUCUCCGGCGGACACGGCGUUGUGUUGUGCGUUAGCUUAAUCCACUACGAGGUCUUGCUCAUAGUUCCGCGGCAAACCCGUCCGGAAGGCCCGCGCAGCUCGAUCCCAGGUGGGAGUCCAGCGUGGGCAGAUGAGAAUCGACAGAUUAGCUGUUGGCCCCGCUCUAAUGCGCACACCGAUCGGGUCUAUGUGCGUUCCAGUCUAGCGUACACCUCCGGCAAAAACGGCCCAACACCAGCUUGUCGAGCUGCUGAGCGGUGGAGACAUUUCAAUACUGAACCGUGAUACACCAUCGUCGCCGGAGUGUGUUUGUCUUAGCCGCCAAAAGAGACAGAAAAGAGGUACGCCAGAAGUGGAAUUCAGUGCAACGAACCUAUCCUAAACUGCGCGUGUUCCGCCGUACUUCCCAAAACGAACGCACGCCAGUGGUGCCAAAGUCUCCCGAAAGCUGACUCAUAGAGCGUCUCGCAAAAUUGUGGGAUUUAUUUUCCCAAACCCGCUUCCAACGCGCGCUUUUCGGACGGUUCCAUCCUACUGGACCGCUGCCACGUUUAUGGACAGUGCAACAGUCGGGGCGGCGGCUCCGGUUCGGAAUUCGUGACGACGGGCGAACCAAAAGUUCCAAAAAAUGGCAAAAACCACAUUCGUCCAACGCGGGACGAAGCCCGGUUUCUCCCUGCUCUCCCUGUGACCGUGACGUGUGGUUGGUGGCGGUGCUGGCGAUGAUGGGUACCGGGCAGGUGUGGUGCCGAGUGGUGGCGUGAAUUCGCGCAACUUUUCGCGAAUCGAGCAAGACGGACUGCACCAGUUUUCGGACGACUGCUGAACAGUUACGAUCGAUCGUUAAUGAAUUCCCGUCUUCGGUGUUGCAUAGUGAGCUGUCUGUGCGUGUGCGCGUGUGUGUGUCGAUUAAUGUGCGUGUGUGUUGUGGAUAUCUUAACGAACCGUUGCGUUCCUUGAAGAGUUUUGUGAGGUAUUUUUUUACGAUCAUGUGAUCAUCCGGCUAUCGAGACUAAUGGUAGCUCAGGCGAACGAUCACCGGGAAAGUAAAACAUAACAAAAUACGAGAAUCUUCAGUUUUAGGAACCCAAUUAGUUCCCCAAGAUAUCCGUUCCAGGGGGUGUGUGUGUGUGCACGUUGUGUGGUCACCGUUGCCGAAGGUGUCGUCGCCGUGCGUGUGAAGACAGCCUGUUAGUGGCAUUAAGUGCGCUACUGUGAGUUUGAUACAGAAAUCAUUAGCAUACCUCGGAUCGGAUCGAAGGAAAGGAACAAGUUAAGACUGACGGACUGGGGGUGUCACGGGAUCCACAAAACCGCAAUAAAAAGCACUAAUUUCCCGAACGCCUGAUUAGCGGAGUCUCCAGAGAGCUUUUACGAGCGUCGGCAGCCAGUGCCGGAGUUGCAGUCACGAGUCACGAGAGGAGCGCGAGAACCAACGACGACGACGUCCAUCGGUUCCAGCGGGGAAAAAAGGAAGCGGGCGUUCGAAGCGUCCCGUCCCGGCGUAAAUUAGAACACCGGCCCAACCGAGUCAGUUGAGGGAAACCGGUCGGAAAAAUCUCUCACACACACACAUUCAUAGGAAGAUGGAAGUGGCCGCCAUGGUAGCAGCAGCGGGUGCCGGCACGACGACGACGGCGGCGACACGGGCACCAUUCCAGCGCGAGGUGCGCGAGUGGCAACAUGUCGAUCCAAAUACGGGCGCCCUGCUGACGGGACGGCUCGAAGCGGACCGUUGGGUAAAUGGACCACUCAACAGCUACGGCAAGAUGGUGUCACAGAACCUGUCCACACCGGACGGUACGCAGCACACGCAGCGGAAGCAGAUGGAGAUCCUGCAGGCCCGCACGUCCGCCGGCUCGCUACAGGUUGUCCGUGCCCAAACCGUCCAAACGACCUCCUCCCGCUGGUCCUCCUCGUCGUCGAUGGUGCAAACCGAGCAAACGAACAGUGUUGGCGCCAUCGCCGGUUCCCCAUCAUCGUCCCACCAGCCGCAGCACCUCACCACCAAUGGAUUCUCGAGCCAUCAUUUGCUGUCCUCCUUCCACCGUCCGUUGAUGUCGUCGUCGGCUGGCUCUACUAGCAGCAGUAGACUAUUGACUGCAGGAUCUAGUAGAUCCGACGCACCACAGACGACACCCCUAUCAUCCGGUUCGGCGUUCGUAAGCUCCAUGAAACCGUUUCCAGCUCGAUUUUCCAGCCCAACGUCUAGCAACCUCAACAGUUCCAGCCCGGGACCGCUCAGAUAUGGCCGGGUGUAUGCAAUCGGUUCGCCGGAAGCACAUGACGAUCGGUCCUCCUAUCAUAACCACCACCAUCCAGCCCAUACCGUUGCUGUCGAACAGGAAAGCAUCAACGGCGGCAACAUAAUACCGCUGGCCCGCGGCAAGAGCAUCUCGAUCGAGGACCUUUCGACCGAGCGUGACGAGAACAACUUCGAUGACGACGUCGAACCCACGCAGUGGAAGCGAGUGAGCAAAAUACGGCGAUCAUUACAGUUCCCAAGGAAAACUACCCCGAGAACCAACACACGUCCGAUCGAUCUACCGGAGAACUCCGUCAGCGUUUCGCGCAUCUGUCAGGAGCUGGAAAACGGUCGCCGGCUUAACACGGCCAUGCGCAACAAUCACAUCGACUUUGUGGCGUUGGACAACAUCCUCAAGAGUGUAACGGAUCCACCGUGCACCACGACGCCACCCAUCAAACCGACGGAAUCCAGCUCAUCUGCCAAGUCAUCGCCGCCGAAAGCGUCCUUCCUGACGGCGGAAUCGUUGCGUGAAAUUCGUGGUCGACUGCGACGGCUCAGCAACGAGUCACUGUAUCGCGACGAUAUGAGUCCGGCGGAUGAUGCAGCAGCACCCGGACAGCCUUCGAACGAUCGGCGCGGUAGCGAUGACAGUGGUGGCGUGACGAUUACGGAGGUCGAGACACGCCUUGGGCAGCUUGAAACUAGCAGCUCUUCCGACUCGAACUACCGCAGCAAUAGCCUUCAGUCGAACAAGAAACCAGCACCGGACACUACCGUGCUAGCGCCAGACGAUUGGCAUUCGCGGCGCAAAUCGUACGGGUUCGAGCGCAUGAGUCAGCAGCCGCUCGGAAGUGGAUUCGCGAUGGCCAAGAUGGAUUCGUCGACAGACAGUGGGAUCGGGAGGUCGUCCGAUUUGAGCUCGAGCUGGUCGAGUGCAGCUACCGAAAGUAGCAGCCAAGGAGCGGCAAGCACUAUGGCGAAUGGAGCUAGCUCCUACCAUCAGCGAGCGACGAUCGUUACUCUCGGUGAAAGAUCACUGCUAAAGGAGAAGCAAUCGACGAACCCUGCAAUGGUGAUUAAAAUCACCAGCAAACCGUCGGAAAGCGCAAUCGACACGUUUAUCCCUGCGACGGAACCGGCAGAGGAACCGAAACGUCACUCGAUCGCGGUCGAUGAGACCAGCUACGUGCGGGACAGUUUGCGCACGAUGUUUGAGCGUAAAUCGUCGGUGAAUGUGAACGGCUUUAGCCACACCUUCAUAGACGAUCUGAGCCGCAACAAGAAGCGGGUUGAGUUCUGCAAAACGGAGGUCCACUUUACGGCCGACUCCGGACGGGUGAACAUCGUCGAGACGGAUGAGAAGCCACCGCCAACGAACAACUUCCGUCGUCGCCGGCGAUCCUCGGGAGGUGCGUCGCCCGGAAGUUCCUCGUACCUGGUGUCGAAUCUCGAGGGCGAUUCGGACGGUGUUAACGCAACGGACGAAUCGAAACUGGCUCCGUCCAGUGAGGGAGUCACCCCGGAGCAGGACUUUUCGCCCGUGGUUACGACCACCAUCGGGGUUAGCCGACCGGCACCGGAACCAACACCGAGAAAGUAUGUCCCGGCGUCGGUCAGUACCGGCGCUGGUGCCACCGUGUCGGAUGAAAGUGAUGGUCACUCGACGGAUGAGAUAUCGCUGCGCAGCAUUCUGAAGAACAAACCGAUCAAACCGAAGCCGUACGUGCUGGGGGAGAAUCUGGACAGCAAUGAGGCGCUGUGGGGCGUGAAGCUAAGACCGGUCGGAACGACGACGACGACUGGGGAACCGAGCGCACGGUUGAGCGUUGAGCUGGGAAGCGAACCGAAAAGUGUAUCACCGAUCGCUACCGGGAGCUAUUCGACGAAGAUCAACCUGACGCAGCAGCCGACGACGGUGACGGGAAGUUCCUGGAAUAGUGGCAACAGUUCCGCAGUAGUGGACAAAGCGAUCCUCCACAGCACUGAAUCGGCUGCUUCGAAAUCGACGACAAAAAUUCUGAUCGACAUGACGUCCGCCGGUGAGGAGAAAGCAACUCCAACGACCGCCAGCACCGGAGAUGAGCUUAAGUCAACCUCACUCAUCAUGCGUACGAUGCGUGCUGCAACGAAGCUGGACGAAGCGUUGAAAAGUCUGCAGGCUCUGAGGAGGGACUCGCUUGGCGAGCACGGCACUUCACCACUGUACCAACGAAGUCUUGAUGUGUCCAGCCCGAAAGCGCGUAGACAUUCGGCAUUUUGUCAGCUGAAUGGAGGCGUCGUCGUCGGUAGCAACAGUAGUAGCAGUACGAUCAGCAGCCAACACUCGAUCGCAAAGUCUAGCAGUGCGAGCAGUAUCUACGCGGACUAUCCCAAGCUGAAGGCGACCAAGUACGCGUCCUCACUCGAUGGAGACUCGCUGGAGCGUGACACAACGUCGUACGGUGUGGCACGCUACUCCUCCAUCAUGCCAUCGACAACGGCCUCCAAGCGCAUCCUUACGAGCGAAUCUCGACUGUCCGAUUUUGAGGCGUACAUAAGCAAAAAUACGGCGGUACGCCGGUCGAGCACGGCGGAUGAUGUGGAUCGACUGACGAGCAAACCGAUCGCAGCGCCACGGCUCAAGAAACUCGGCUCGACCGUACUUAGCCAGCAGCUGUCACAGUUGCGACGGUUGUACGAUGCCGCCGAACUGUACGACAGUGAUAGUGACAGUGCGAAGGCCGAUGAGGAGGUUAAGCUGUACCUGGGCAACUUGGCCGACGCAUCCUCGUCGACGUCUUCGUUCGGGCAGGCGACCGAGCUGUCUGGGAGCUGGAGCCGUAUCAAGGCGAAGCGUAACAUUCAGAAAUUCAACAGCAGCACUAGCGGCAGCUUCACAUCCACCGCGAAGCGCGUCGAGGCGAAGGAUGCGUCCUUCUCCGUGAACUCGUCUGCAGAAUUUGAUAUCGUAAAACCCUCAGCCCUGGUGAACCGUCAGCCGAGCAAACCGUCCGCCGUGAUGUCGAUCGAGUUGAAGAGCCCAACGCCUGUCAAAAAGCUGCCUCCUUCGCACACUUCUAGUCCAGAUACAUCCACCACAAAGAUAACGGCAACAUUGAACGACGACUCGACGACCGAUAGCCAGCAGCAGCAGCAGCAGCAGUCACCGAAAUUCCGGCGAUAUAUUCCGACCACGGCCACCACGCCCGGUGCCGUGCGUAACGAGGAACGAGCCUCGCUCCGGCUGUCGUCCGGUGCGCGGCAAUUACGCGAGAAUGAACUGUCCUUCUUUGGCGUCAACCCGAACAACAAGCAGCAACAGUCACCAUCGGGAGGAGCAGGCAAACCGCCAUCGAACACAACGACCGCCCCGAGCUCACCCUUCCAACGGUCAGCCACGCUAACGUCUUCCUUCAUAAGACGCUCCGGAACGACCAGUACUUCGGCAGACAGUACUUCCACUUCCAAAACCUCUAUCUGGCAGCUGACGAACGAUAAACCGGAUCUGCUGCGUCACAGUCAGCUGGAACCGGCGGAAACGGCAAAGGCACAAGCUAUCCCAGCUCCACGCCCAGCAGUGAUUCGAGCCGGUGCAUCGUCAGCUGCGACCAGCAACAGCGUGAGCGUGACUAGCAGCAGUAGCAGUGUGACGACCUCCACCCUCUCGUCAGCUGACGGUGGAAGUCCUCACUAUGAGAAUUUGUCCAGCUUUGUGAAACCAAAAGCAGCUCAGCGUUCGCUGGGUUCUUCGCCUGCUGUAGCUGAAGCUGUCCAGGAGAGCGCUGUUGCAACUCCGGCCUACGACCGGAAGAAGGAUUUGGAACGAGAUGAACGUAUUCUGGAGGAGCUUACCCGUGCAGCGGAUGAAAUAAUGACGGUUGUCAACAACAUGUCAAACGGGGAGAGCAUGGAAAGCAUCCUGAACGAGCUGAACGAUGGUGAAGGACACCGUCGGCGACUUUCGAACGGUGGAUGCACACUCGGCACCAUCCGUGAGUGUUCGACCACCAACAAGAUCAUGAAAUCGCGUGGCGUGCAAGUGUCCAAGAACAUUGACGAUAGCCUCAAGCGUCACCACCAGCGUCAAUCGAGAUUAUCAUCCGCUUCGUCGAAUGAAAGCAUUGGCCACCGGGCAGAAGGAAACUUUACGCGCAGCGUCUCACUGCGGGGCCCAUCGAGUGGUUCGGUAGCCGCCGGUGACAGCUUGUCAAGUCGCGCGGGUUCAAGCAGGCGUAGCCGUGCUCCUAUGGCAACCGAAACGCGUCGACUGGUGCGAAUGGCUAGCAAGGAGAAGCUGCAGUCGAAUGCCAGCUCGUCGGAGGAUCUCCCGAACAGUGGCGUCGUUGAACCACCGCGUAGACCACGCAGAACCCGAUACCAUUCGAAGGACGCGAAGGAGCAGCAAUCCGAACGUUCUGCAAGCAAUGGCCAUAGCACUAGGACGGAGCAACGCACCGUGGGAUCGUCUUCGCGGUCUCACCGCAGCGAGCGUUCGAGCGGAUCGGUUCGAACUACCAGUUCCAGGCUGGGACACAGUGCUACCGCGAAUGGACACAGCCAGAGCAACCUGCACCUGCAUCCGCUCCAUGCCGCUUCCUGCCCGUCGUCCCGCAGCCUGAAGCAGUCACAUGCGCAGCUGGCCACCGCCGCCACCACCACCACCACGUCCUCCAAAAAACAUCACCGAUAAUGCUGGCUGGCGACCAAACCGGAGCCGGGAUCGAGCUGGAGCAAAAACAGCGCAGCAGCAUUUGGGUCGAGAUGCCGUUCCUCAGUGUGCAGUAGCAGUGCAGGCAGAAAUGAGGCACGUCUCUCCAUCGCCCCCCUGUCCAAAAAGAUCCUUGGAGCCGAGGUUUAACAAUAAUAAUGGCAACAACAACAACAAAAAAUCCAAAUUGACUGACCCCCUUGGGCGGACGUUGUCUGACGUUGAUAAGAGGAAUUGUUGUUUUGGUAGACGAUUGCGCGACCGAGAGAAGAGGAAAAAAAAAGGGGGAACCAGCCAAGAUUAGGGACAUCCGAAAAGCGGACGCUGGCAACAGGAGAGAGCAUUGUGUGGAAUAUUUCAAGUCAGCUGCACAGAUUAACACACGGAGCCACAGAGCACAGGCACCACACUCUUGUUGUUAGUGGUGAAACGAAGAAAGGAAAAAAAAAAAUACGAAAAAAACGAAACUCACCCCCAGGUACGUAAGGCAAGCGAGCGUGUGACGACAAUUUACCUUUUAUCAUACAACGAAAGAUUUAUUUUUCCUUGUUUUGUGAGAGAGCAACCACUAACAUUAACACAUCAUACAGAGAGUUUUCCUACA